AUGGAUUGGUUGACGAAUUUGUUCACAGGAAAGGAUUCUGCGAAAACUGCACAAGAAAAGGCACAAAAACGAGGGAGCAAAAGACAUAGUCAAAAUGUUCUUGCGCGGGAGAAGGAGCUACGACGGGGGAAGGAUAAUGGAGGGAACAAGGCGCGCUUUUUCUGGGGAUCACCGGGGCAGACGUACGAGAAUAAUGUUUGUCGUCCGGGCCAAGGGGUUUGA